UGGACAGACUCUCAAGCAUUUCCAGCGGUAGUUUUAGUAAUCCAAGAUGGCGGACUCCGCUGUUGUGAAAGUUACAUGUGACGGAAUGAACGGAACAUGUAUCCAGGAAACUGAGGAAGAAAGGCUAGAACGGUUGCAUUUCAACAAAGUCUUACACGCAUUCAUAUACUACAGGGACUACUCAAUGCGCAAGCUGGCCCGGAUCAAGGCAGACUUUGACCGCCUUCCAGCCAACCAUCAACAAAUGUUACCUGAUUUCCCCAAUCAUUUGCAAAAAGUAUCCCAGUGCAUUGAUGCAAAUAAUCAAUUCCUGUGCAACAUUGUGAACGGAACGCCAGGAAUGUUUGAAAAUAGAGAUGACAGUAAGGCAAGCCAAGGCAAAGUAGAAAACACAAGAAAAGCUGUUACUUCAUUUGACAUGGAUAAAGUCUAUACUACACUUAAGCAGUUUGUAAGAGACUGGAGUGAAGAGGGAGCCAAUGAAAGGAAGGCCUGUUACAGUCCAAUCAUUGAUGAAAUUCAAAACUUGUUCCCUCCAUCAAAAUUUAAUGUUUCUGAAGUUUCUGUUCUUGUUCCUGGCGCUGGUCUAGGGAGACUUAUGUUUGAGAUUGCACGGCUAGGUUACCAGUGCCAAGGGAAUGAGUGGAGUCUCUUUAUGUUAUUUGCAUCACACUAUAUACUAAACAGAUCAGAAGGUGUGGCAAGCGAUACCAUCUACCCAUAUGUGCAUCAGACAUGUAACGUGCGCUCACCAAAUGACCAGAUACGUCCCAUUAAAAUACCAGAUACUGACCCACAAGAUCUACCACCUUCCACCAACUUCUCCAUGGCUGCUGGGAAUUUCCUAGAAGUUUAUAAUGAAAGUGAUACGUGGGACUGCAUCGCUACCUGCUUCUUUAUAGACACAGCACAUAACGUGAUAUCUUAUAUUGAGCACAUAUUCAAUCUCCUAAAACCAGGAGGGUAUUGGAUUAACUUGGGUCCAUUGUUAUACCAUUUUGCUGACAUGCUGAAUGAGAUGUCCAUCGAGCUGAGUUACCAGGAUAUCAAGAGAAUAAUAACAGAUCAGUUCAAAUUUGAAAUGAUUCGUGAAGUAGACAACAUUCCGUCAGGGUAUAUAGAGAAUGACUUAUCAAUGCUAAAGAUGACUUAUGAAAGCGUCUUCUUUGUCGUACGAAAACCAGCCUGAAGACGCCAGCCAAAAACCCCAAUAUAAUACAAAAUGUGAAUAGUACUUUUUUUCAGACAGCAGGGAAAUAAAACUUUUGAUAUAGUG